AUGUGUGUUGGGUGCAUCGCGAUCCUUCCAGCGAUGCCCAAUCCAGAGUUGAAAGAGCUUAAUAGUGUGGAGGCCGAGGCCUUGCGGGCGCCAUGCCCGGGAGCUUGCAAUCCAACGUCGUGCAACACCUGUUGUCAACGUGCCGGUUACACCGCCGGCCUCUGUCUCCCGCCGAUAAACUGCAUUUGCGUGCAAACCUUCUUGAUCAUAUUUUCAACGACUUUCCUUAUUGAGAACAUUGUGCAAUGGAGCUUCUACAACUUGCCUGAACUUGGAAGACCACUUGAAGAACAAUUCUCAAAAGAUCCCCUUGAGUUAAUCCACACCUUCUUUGGCACCAUCAUUCUCAUCACUUAUCUCUUCUUCUGGAUGUUCGGUGUCUACUCAAUUUUGCUGAAAAAACGGCGAUUGCUCUUUGUGUUCAUAGCGUAUUUGGUGGGU